AUGGAAUUCGACUCUCGGAUAAAGGCGUAUCGUUUUGUCGGCUAUGCUGCUGUCGUAUUUUCUGCUAUAUCUAUUCUAUCGAUCUGCAUCACAUUGCCAGUCGUUUACAACUAUGUAAAACACGUUAAACGCACUACGCAUUUGGAGCUGCUGCAAUGUAAAGCGUCAGCAAAGGAUAUAUGGACGGACAUCCACAACCUACCACUAGAGUCGAACCGAACUACCAGAGCUAUCAGACGUCGCCAAUACGAAUUCGAGGAAAUCAGCGCUUCUUUGGCAGGCGCUUGCGUUGGCUGCUGCAUACCAGGCGCACCUGGACCACCAGGCAUCCCGGGUAGACCAGGUCGACCAGGGAAAGCUGGGACACCGGGAGCCCCUGGUAACCCUGGCCGUCCACCAAGGGAACCAUGCGAACCUAUCACUCCACCACCCUGUCCACCAUGUCCACCAGGUCCUCCCGGACCCGCAGGACCACCAGGCCCCCCUGGAAAUCAAGGACCUCCAGGACCUCCUGGUGAACAGGGAGCAACUGGACCAGUUGGGCCUCAAGGAAUGAAAGGAGUCCCUGGCCUUCCAGGUCGUAUGGGACCUCCGGGAUUACAAGGGCCAGCAGGUGAACCGGGACCUAGUGGGGAACCUAAACCUGGUGCUCCAGGACAGCCCGGACCUGUGGGACAGCCAGGUAGCCCGGGUCUACCGGGACCGCCUGGUAAAGAUGGCCAGAUUGGUGAGCCUGGUCCAAAAGGACCUCCUGGAUUACCUGGAAAUCCUGGAUUGGAUGGACAACCUGGAAUGCCAGGACAACCAGGACUUGACGGAGCUCCUGGCGAACGAGGAAUCUGCCCGAAAUAUUGCGCCAGAGACGGCGGAAUCUUUUUCGAAGAUGGAACACGUCGCUAA